CUUUCAUUGGAUAAUGACAAUAAUGACUCAUUAAUAUCAAAAAAAAGAAGAAGACAAUAAUGACUCAUUGAGUAAAAAUUAAAAUAAAAAAUUCAAAUUCCAACAUAGUUACAUAGACCAACCACUCUGUCUCUCCAGAGUCUCCUUCUCUCUCUAUAUCUGUUUUCUUUUUUUCUUUUUUUCUUCUAGACUGCAAAGACCAUUCUUUGUUCAAAUUCAAACACCCCAGUAAAUUGUCCAAGGUUGUAUGCAUAAAUAAACCUCUUCUGGGUUUCUUUAUUUGUGAUCAUCUCUGUCUCUCUGUGUGUUUUUUUUUUUGUAAAUUCCACACUUUAUAGGAAGAACUGUAAUCUAAGUGACAGAAAUGUUGGAUUCCUAUCAGCAGCUUGUUGCUGGUCCUCUUUACCAAGAGUCACUCGAGAAUCUUCAGGCUGAUAUUCAGCAUGCCAAUGCACUGGCAGCUUCCAUUCCAAGAGGCAAGGGUGGUGCGUGUUUUCAAAUGAAAUUGGUUUACAAUCACUUGGCGCCUAUUUUACUGUUUUUUCUUCAAUGGAUUGAUUGCUCAUGUACAUGUCUACUUUCAAGUUAUUUAAACCUUUUUCACGUAGUUGUAUUUAAGGUUUACUCAGAUGGGAGGCCAAAUAUCUCCUCAUGCGGAAGGAAAGCUACCAUUAGAGACUUCUAUUCUGUUAUAUUACCAUCUCUUCAGCGUCUCCAUUGUGACCCUGACAAAUUGGAAACUACUCAAGAGGAAGUCAAUGGCUUAGAGAUGGUAGUCAGAAAGAAAUUAGAGGAUAAGAAGCUUUCAGAUGUGGACUUGGAGAGAGAAGAUGAGUGUGGGAUCUGCUUGGAGCCUUGCACCAAAAUGGUUUUGCCAAACUGCUGUCAUUCCAUGUGCAUCAAUUGCUACCGGGACUGGAACACCAGGUCAGAGUCUUGCCCAUUCUGCCGGGGAACUUUAAAGAAAGUGAACUCAGGGGACUUAUGGGUUCUGACAUGCAGUAAUGAUGUGGUAGACACUCAAACUGUGUUGAGGGAUGAUAUAUUGCGCUUCUAUCUUUUUAUAAACAGCCUGCCUAAGGAUAUCCCAGAUGCUCUGUUUUUUAUGUACUACGAAUACUUAUUUUAAUCUGAUAGGCAAGAAGAAUGAUGUACAGAAAGAGGAAAAUGCCAAGCAGUGGCUGCACAUAGUCUGCUGAGGUUUUCACGUGGAAAAUUUUACUCCAUUUUUUAAAAGAAUAAUGUAUAUGCUGUGUAAGUGACCCAAUUGUUAAUAUUGAAAUGCACUUCCUCCUAGUA